AUGGCAACAAACGACCAGCCGGUUGUCAUAGUAGGCGCCGGCCUAGCAGGCCUGGUAGCGGCCUACGAGCUCUCCAACCGCAAUAUCCGGUCCAUCAUCAUCGACCAGGAAAACGAAGCCAACCUCGGCGGGCAAGCAUUCUGGUCCCUCGGAGGAAUCUUCUGCGUGAACUCAAGUAACCAGCGCCGACUCGGCAUCCGCGACAGUCGAGAGCUAGCGAUGGAGGAUUGGUUCAGCAGCGCAGCAUUCGACCGCGAAACGGAUCAUUGGCCGAGAAAAUGGGCGGAAGCAUUCGUGAACUUUGCGACGGAUCAGAUGGAGUCGUAUCUUGGUGCAUUGGGCGUGCGGUUCGUCAGCGUGGGCUGGGCUGAACGCGGGAGUGGGCAGGCUGGCGGCCAUGGCAACUCUGUUCCGCGAUUUCAUCUCACAUGGGGAACAGGGCCGGCGAUCGUCGAGGCGUUCGCUGGUCCGGUGAAAGAAGCGGCGAAGAAGGGGCUGGUUGAGUUUCGAUUCCGACAUCAGGUUGAUGAAAUUAUCGUUGAUGAUGAGACAGGUGCUGCGGUGGGUGUUCGGGGGCAGGUGCUGGAGCCGACAGAUGUGGCGCGAGGGGUUGCUUCUUCGCGGAAGAGCGUUGGUAGCUUUGAGCUUCGGGGCGCUGCCGUUCUUGUCUCCUCAGGUGGAAUUGGCGGGAACCUGGAUUUGGUGAAGAAAUACUGGCCGGUUGAUCGGCUGGGUCCUAAGGUGCCGCAGUCUUUCGUGCUGGGGGUUCCUGCGCAUGUUGAUGGGCGCAUGAUCGAUAUCUCCCAGAAAGCUGGUGCCAAUGUGGUGAACAGCGACCGGAUGUGGCAUUACACUGAGGGAUUAACUAACUGGAACCCGAUCUGGCCAAAGCAUGGGAUUCGAGUCAUUCCUGGACCAUCGUCUCUCUGGCUCGAUGCUACGGGAAAGCGGCUGCCUCCGUUUCUGUAUCCAGGCUGCGAUACGCUUGCUACUCUACGGCAUAUAUGCUCGACGGGGUAUGAUUACACCUGGUUUGUCCUGAAUAAAAGCAUCAUCGCCCGCGAAUUCGCCCUUUCCGGGUCAGAACAGAAUCCAGAUAUCACCGGCAAAAGCAUCCUCCUUCUACUUCAGCGGAUCUUCAGUUCCAACGGCACGGGCCCUGUACAGGCCUUCAUCAAGAAUGGAGAAGACUUCAUCGUGGAGACGUCUCUGAACGAUCUACUUGAUAGGAUGGACAACCUCGGACAAAAACAUGGAGGUCCUCCUCUGGAUAUUGACCAAGUUAAACGGGAAAUUCAGCUCCGUGACUCACAGGUAGAUAACAGUUACACCAAAGACGCGCAAAUGAUGCUAAUACAGAACGCGCGCAACUUCUGGCCAGAUAAAUUCAGCAGAGUCGUCAAACCUCACAAGCUCCUAGACCAGAGCCACGGACCCUUGAUUGCCGUCAGAAUGAACCUCCUCACCAGAAAGACCCUCGGCGGACUAGAGACAGACCUGAGCGCGAAUGUUCUCCGUCAGGACGGGACUCGGUUCACGAACCUGUACGCCGCCGGUGAAGUUGCAGGUUUUGGAGGUGGAGGUGUGCAUGGCUACAAUUCCCUUGAAGGCACAUUUCUGGGGGGUUGUAUUUUCUCAGGACGAACUGCAGGCAUUGCCAUGGCCGAAAGUCUGGCGAAGGCCCCUACGACACAGUCCUAG